GUGACGUCAUACGGCUGCGCCGCGUUCUUCCAUCUGUUGUGAUGGGCUGAAGAAAGAGAGUCCAAAGAUGCAGAAAAAGUCCUGCUGAAGCAACUGAGAUUCACGUGACCGUUAUAAAGAUGGCGUUUAUUAAAGAGGAGAGCGAAGACUUCAGGAUUGACGGAGCAUUUAGAGUGAAACAUGAAGAUACAGAGGAACAAGAAGACCUGGUAGCAUUGAAACAAGAGAGUGAAGAACUCAGUAAAAUGAAAGAGGAAGAUCAUGAUUUCAUAAAUGAAGAAGAAUUACAGAAUGAAACCGCGUUCUCAGGAAAUAUAUCUCAAAAGAAAGGAACCCCUAAUUGCCACUCAAUAGAGGCUUCUGAAGGGAAACCUUUCAAAUGCCAGCAAUGUAAAAGGAGUUUCCGAAUACAUAAAUACCUUAAGAAUCACAUGAGAAUUCACGCAGAGGACAAGCCUUUUACAUGCCAUCACUGUGGCAAAAGUUUCUGUCAUAAAGGUAGUCUCAAAACUCACUUGAGAAUUCACACCGGAGAGAAGCCCUACUCAUGCUCUCAGUGCGGAAUGAAUUUCACAUAUAAACCAACCUUUAACGCUCAUAUGAAAAGUCACACUGGGGAGAACCCUUACACCUGCAAACUGUGUGGCAAGAGCUUCUCACAAAAAGGAAAUCUAAAGUAUCACAUGAGAAUCCACACUGGAGAGAAGCCUUUCACGUGCCGUAACUGUGGAAAGAGUUUCAGUCAUAAAGUAAGCCUUAAGUCUCACAUGAGGAUUCACACCGGAGAGAAGCCUUACUCGUGCCCUCAGUGCGGAAUGAGUUUUACACAUAAGGAGUCCUUUGAUAUCCAUUUGAGAGUUCACACUGGAGAAAACCUUUACACCUGCAAACUGUGUGGGAAGAGCUUCUCACAAAAAGGAAAUCUUAAGUAUCACAUGAGAAUCCACACUGGCGAGAAGCCAUUCACAUGUGAUCAGUGUGGAAGGAGUUUUAGAUACAAAGUAACCUUAAAUAAGCACACCAGGAUUCACUCAAGGGAGAACUGUUGUAUAUGUCAUCAGUGUGGAAGGACUUUCACAGACAAGAAGGGCCUUAAGAAUCAUGUAAUAACUCACAUCGGGGAAAAGCCUUUCAUGUGCCACCACUGUGGAAAGAGUUUCACACGUAAAGGAAAUCUCAAGACUCACAUGAUAAUUCAUACUGACGAGAGGCCUUUCAUAUGCCAGCACUGUGGAAAGAGUUUCAGAUUUAAAGGAAAUCUUCAGACUCACAUGAGGCUUCACACCGGAGAGAGGCCUUACACAUGUCUUGAGCGUGAGAAGGGUUUCACAAAUCAAAAAGACUUGAAAUGUAAUUUACAAACUCAUUCUGGCAAGAAAAAGAAGUGUUUGCAGUGUGGCAAGAUGUUUAGAAAACGGAGCAGGUUCAAAAAUCACCUGCACAUUCACUUUGGAGGAAGGCGAUUUAACUGUAAUCAGUGCAGUAAAAAAUUUCUUUUGCCAUCACACUUACAGAUACAUAUGAAAAUUCAUGCAGAUGUGAGACCCUAUUUGUGUUAUUUGUGUGGAAAGCGUUUUAAGUGGUUUAGCUAUUUUAAAUUGCACCAGAUAGCAAGUAUCUGUGUGAAAUCGAGGCUAGGUUUACAUCCGAGAUAAAUGUGGUCUAAAUCUAAACAUUGAGCGGUUGUCGUGCACAGCCUCUAAUUUAGUUUUUAUCAAGUUUUUUUUUUUCUUAAAUAUUUGAUAAACUUUACAACAGAAACAUAAAUGGUUGCUGUGCUAUACAUUAGACAACAGACUACAUGGGAGGUUAUGGGGAGCAAUAUUUUUAUUAGCAUUUUGUUAGUCUUCUCUAAAAUAAAAUACAUGAUAUGGUCCUAGAAACACAAUGAAUCUGAAGUCUAAUGAGUUCACAUACCACGGUCACAUACAUUGUUUAAUAUGUUUAAAAAAUAUAUUAAAUAAAUAACAGUAAACUUUAAAGUCCCGGCUGUCUAGUCAGAAUAAGCAGCAGCCUUUUUAUUUAGCAUUUAUAGAUAUAGAUGUAAGAGAAGGGGAUUUGCUACAGUAAAUAAAGUGAGAGUAUUUCUUUCAGUCAGAUGUGUGUGACGUCUUCAUUAUUGCUUACAGGUUUUUCAUCUGACAAAGAGACACUGAACCACAAAAGCCAGAAAACACCAACCUAAAUCCAGCAUAAAGAGGUUUAGUGAAUGUUGUGGUGAAUGUGUGUAAGUGUGUGAGCGUGUGUGUGUCAGAGACGUUGUAGAAGGACAGAGUGCCAGCUGAAACAUCCACAUACACUCCUACUCUCUUAGAGGAGCCUGAAGGGACACGUAUGUCAGUAAAUGCAUUAUUAUGACAGACAGUGAGUCUGCCAUCAGAACAGAACAGACUCCAGGAGUUUUCAUUUAAUCCAAAUUCACAAUCAUCACUCGCUCCUUUCCUGCUGAUUCCUUUAUAUGUCACUGAUAUAUCAGCACAUUCACUCCAUUCAGCCUCCCAGUAACAGC